CAUCCAUCAAUGCGAGUACUCUAUAUGAAAACGCUUCAUUACUCCAGUUCAUAAAUGCUAUUGUUGCAAAUAGUUUGCUCGCAUCGCACAAAACGUCUUCGGAUUUAAUUGAACUUGUGCAAGACGGUACAAUGUACUUCGGCGAGUUCGAAAAGGAUUGCCUUGAGGCACACAAUCAGUAUCGCGCCCGCCACCACAGUCCACCAUUGAUACUGGAUAUUGGACUCUGCAAAUAUGCACAUGAAUGGGCACAGCAUUUGGCCAGCAGAAAUACGCUGCAGCAUCGCUCGAAUAAUAAUUACGGCGAAAAUAUAUUUAUGUCAAUGGGUCGCACAAAUAUCAGCGGUAGAGAUGCUGUGAGAAGUUGGUACGAUGAGGUGCAAGAUUAUAAUUUUCAAGGCGGUGGUUUCAGUCAAGGCACAGGACACUUUACACAAGUCGUUUGGCGAGACAGCAAACGUUUGGGUGUUGGCAUGGCAAAAAGGGGCAAUAGUAUUUACGUGGUUGCCAACUAUGAUCCACCGGGCAACUUUAGGGGCGAAUAUGCAAAGAACGUUUUACCGGCCGUUUGUUAGAAAUGAGAGAUCUUCUUCUAUAAUUGUACUUUUAAGUAAAAAUUAAUAUAUUUACUAAGUAGGCAGUUUCACAAAAUCCAUAUUAGGUUAUAUAUUAUUUUAGAUAGAAGUCAGAUAAUAAAACUGUAGAAAAGAAUGGACAUUGAAAAUUUCUUUAAAAGAAUGACCGAAGGUUACGCUGUCUUUUUGAACUCACUUAUCUAUAACUAUAUACAUAUAAUGAAAUUGUAACAGGCCUGUACACCGUGCGACAAAAACAAA